AUUAUACUCCUUCUCUUAAACACUUAUGCGAUUGAGUGUUCAUUCUAUAAUUCAAAAUGUUACUUAAGCACUUAAUUGUUUAUUAUUCUAUGUUAUUGUGAUCCUUAAAUGUACCUAAAAAUUUGAUACAAACAAAACUAAAAAGAUUCUAAAUAAAUAUUGUAUUUUAAGCCCACACACUCUUGUUCAGAAUGAAUUACCUACUCUUAUCUAACAAUCACGAACUUAUACAAUCGUAGUAAUUUGACACUCAUAACAAAAUAUUUAAUAUUAUAUAAACACAAUUGUUCAGUGCGUAAUAAAUAAUUGGUAAUUAUUGUAUUCUAACAUUUAUUAAGCUAUUCAAUUUUUUUCUUAAUGAUUAUUUUAGGAUAUAAAAUUAAUAUACAUGUAUCCUUAAAUGUAUAAGUGCCUUGCUCCAAAUGAUUUUCAAAUCUGCUGCAUUAUUUUACUGUACUUUUGUUACGUAGUAUCUAUGUUGUACCUAUAGUUAUUGAAUUAUUUGGUAGUUUCAAACUGGUUAAUGGUUAUUGAUCUAUUUUAUAACAGUGAAAUAACAAAUAAUUCUAUUUUUUGUUUCAGUUCAUUUAAUUCUAAAGAAAAUGUCGAGACUUCUAAUUUUAAUGAUGUUGAAUGUGAAGUUGACCCUGUUGAUGGUAUGGUACUUGGCAACAAUAUUGAAAUUGAGCCUGAAAGAUCUCAAUUAAUGUUAUCUGAUAUCGAUCCCAAGAAAAAAUCAUUUGACUGUCACCUCUGUACAUUAUCAUUUCCAAAAAGAAAAUAUUGGGUUGAACACCAGAGAGUACAUAUAAGAAUUAAUUAUUAUCCUGAAGAAUUACCCGUGACAAGAAUACCUGGCGAGAAAAUAUCUUUUGACUGCAUAUACUGUUCUAAGAAGUUUUCAGUUAAAUCAAAUUUAACCGUACACCUAAGGAGCCAUACCGGAGAAAAACCAUACACUUGUGAUCUUUGUCAACGACCUUUUGCUCAGAGGCAAAAUAUGAUGUGUCAUAUGAGAACACAUACAGGAUAUAAACCCUAUUCAUGUCGAAUUUGUAAAAUGAAAUUUGGUCAUAAGUCGUUAUUAGACUACCAUGAAUGGAAACACACUGGUAUUAAACCAUUUAAGUGUGAAGUUUGUGUUAGAGAAUUUUCUCGGAAAUCGUGUUUAGUUUUUCAUCAAAAACACAGUCAUACAGGUGAAAAACUUUUUAAAUGCAAUAUUUGUGACCAAACUUUUUAUAGAAAAGCAUUUUUGAAGAAUCAUAUGAGAGUCCAUAAUACCGUGCAAUUAGAAAAGUGUCAUAUUUGUGACAAAACCUAUGCUUAUAAAUCAAGUUUACAAAGACAUUUGUUGAUCCAUUCUGGUGAAAAGAUGUUUGAAUGCGAUAUGUGUAAGAGAUCCUUUUAUCGGAAAUCAGGUUUACUUGCCCAUAUAAAAGUUCAUAUGAGAAAGAGACCUUAUGAGUGCAAUCUCUGCAGAUCAACAUUUACUACAUCAGCAGAACUAAAAAGCCAUACUAAAUCUCACACCAGUGACAAACCAUUUCAAUGCCUGCUUUGUGACGCAAGUUUUAUAUUACAGUCACUUUUAAAUACUCAUAUGAAAUCUCACAGUGGAAAUAGACCAUAUCAGUGCCCUCAUUGUUUAGUGACAUACUCCCAAAUGAAAAGUUAUUCUUACCAUUUAAAAACUCACAGAGAUCAUGAAUUGUAUAAAUGCAGUCAGUGUAAAACAUCAUUUUUUCAAAAAAAUAAGCUAAUUGAUCAUUUACGAUUACAUACUGGUGAAAAACCUUUUAAAUGCCUCGAAUGUAACAAGAGGUUUGCUCAAAAGGCUUUCUUACAGUCACAUAUGAGAACUCAUAGUGUUGGACAAAAAUAUAAAUGUGACCUAUGUGGAGUAGUCCUUAAACAAAAAUCAAAUUUGAUUAAACACAUAAAAACCCAUCUUGCCUUUAAAUCAAAUUUUAGGUGCAGAUUUUGUAAGACUAAAUUUUUACAAAAAUCAAGUUUUAUGAGCCAUAUGAAAAUUCAUUCUAAAAACAAUCCUUACAAAUGUAGCAUAUGUGGUACUUCAUAUCUACAAAAAACUGAAUUGGAUAAACACGAAAAGACUCACAUGAUUGAAAAGGCUUUACUGAUGUGUAAAAUAUGUAAUCAAUCUUUUCCAACAAAAUUAAAACGUAUAAAUCAUGAAAGAAAAAUACACACCGAUGAUGCAUUUCAAUGUGUUAUAUGUUUUAAAUUAUUUUUUGAAAAAAAGGAAUUGUCACUUCAUAUUAAAUUGCAUAUGAAGAAUAUGUUAUCUAAAUGUUUGAGUUGUAAAGUGCCAUUGCUACAAAAACCUGUUUCGGCUAAAGUUUUAAGACUAGUUAUUGGAAAUAAAAUUAAUAUAUGUGACUUGUGUUCUGUCAUCUUCUAAUCUACCAGGCACACAACUCGUUGGAGCAUACAAAUUACAGUAUUAAGCCAUUUCUAAAGUUUCUGGCCAUAAUGUAGUUCACUUUUUUAAACAAAUUAAAUAAUUGAUAUGUGCAUUACAUUUGUGUAUACUUAAAUUGGAUUUUAUUUUAUUGGAUUUAUUUUUAUUUUAUCUUAAAUUUAUUAUUUACUUGUUUUUAAUAAUUAUUUAUAGAUGAUUUGUAAUCUGAGCACUUGUUAAUUCAGUGCAUCUAUUAAUUGUUUUUACAAAAUUGCAAAUCUAAUAAUAACAAUGAUCUGAAUUGUGUAUUGUUAUAACUUCUAAUAUUAUGAUAUUUUUAUUAUCCAUAUUUUAAUUAAAAAAUAUUAAUAUAAGUAAUGUAAUCCCUACUUAAGAAAAUUAAAAUUAUUAUAGUAUUGAUAACAUAAGUUUUAUGAUGUUUAAAUAUCCCUGGUGAAAGUAUUGUCUAAUGAAAACAUGAAUAUGAAAACUGGGUUUAAGAAAUGAAAAUAAUGUUUUAAACACACAUUUCUUGUGAACUUAAUUCCUCGGUUACAACUACAACAAUAGAUGAGAUUGCCCAAUUGAAAUAGCAAAUAAAACAGCAAGUUUAAAUACCACCGAAGAUAACUAGAUUUUAGAUUGAUUAAACACAACUCAAAAUCCACACAAUUCAAUUUUUAUGAAACAAUCAAGAAAUAAUUGUCAUCGAUUAGAAGUGUACUAGACAUUUUACGAUAUGGCCGGUAAACCAUUACACUUAGGAGGAAACCGUUCCCAGUGUGUUGUUGUUAAAUAAGUUUACAGACCAAGUACUCGGAGGCUUUUUUUUGAAUCACAAAAUAUAGACUUAGUAGUUGGCGUAAUGCCUAUAUGAUAAAAAUCAUAAAUCAUAAAACACUAUUAGUGAUUUGCGUGACAAUUUUUCUUUACAAAAUUAUUAUUAAAGUACUUUUUGAUUAUUCUUAGCAAUAAAUGAAAUUAAGAUGAAACAUUACAACAGUCUUUUUAGAGGUCUUCCAGAGCUUUAAAAAAUGUCCCUGAGUUUAUUUUUGGCCAAGUAUCAAACAUUGAUUUUGGAGAGUAUUUUGCAAGUCGCAGCUAAAACAAAAGCAAUAACUCACUAUUACAAUAGCUCUGGAGACAGAAGCGAGGAAAAUAGUCAUUCCACUAGUAAAAAAAUAUAUUAAUUGAGGAUAUGCACCAAUUCAACCAAACAAGAAAUUUACAACAGCCAACAUUGCCAGAUGAUUAAAUUAUGGCUACCUAAAUUGUUGGAAUGAAAAUUAGUUAAAUUUAUAAUGGUUUUCCUGCAGUUCCUUGAAAUUAGUAACUACUCGGCACUUUUAUUCCAACAUUAGAACUUAAUACUGUUAGCUGUUACGUUCUACAAAUUCUAUGAUUUUGUAAACCAAUUUUAAUGAUUAUAUGUGAUAAAUAACAUCCAUAUAAUUAGUAAGGGUAUCCUUACACAUGAGCUAGUAUUACUCAAACGAUUCGAAAAACCAAAAAUUACAGCAAUAAGCACUACUAUUUGCAGCCACACACAGUCAUUCUUGACCUUCAUUACUAACCUCAAAAGACACUUGUAAAACACACAAUCCGGUCCAAGAAUACAGAUCAGGAAUCACUUACCGGAGUGCAGCAGAAUCAUAUGUACCACAACCACUAAGUCCUGAGCACCUUCAUACCACUGACAUCAACAGAACUUGUGUGUUAAAUAGAUUUUGUUUUUAAUAAACCAUUAUUAUAUUAA